AUGAACUUGCCUGCACGCAGAAGCAUAGUUCAAGCACUUGUUCGAUCAGACUCCACCAUCCCUCAUGUUCAAUUAGGAUCCAAACUUCAGCAAUCAGUAGACCAUGGUCAGUGCCUUCCCUGUGUAAGGACAGAGCAGAGAAGAGUAGCGUUCCCGAUGGCUUCUGAUGGGCUCCCAGAGGCAGUAGCACCCAAGAUGAAGAAGAGCAACAUGAAGUAUGCAUCCACCUGCGCCGUCGUCGCCUCCAUGGCCUCCAUCGUCCUCGGCUACGACACCGGUGUGAUGAGCGGGGCGUCGCUGUAUAUCCAGAAAGACCUCGAGAUCACGGACGUGCAGGUGGAGAUCCUGAUGGGCAUCCUGAGCAUCUACUCGAUCAUCGGCACAUUAGCCGCCGGCAGGACGUCCGACUGGAUCGGCCGGCGCUUCACGGCUAUCUUUGCCGCCUUCUUCUUCUUUGCUGGUGCCUUGCUCAUGGGCUUCGCAAGCGGCUACACCAUGCUCAUGCUCGGUCGCUUCGUGGCCGGCAUCGGCGUGGGCUACGCCAUCGUGAUCGCGCCCGUGUACACAGCUGAGAUCGCCCCGGCGUCGGCGCGCGGCUUCCUCGUGUCCUUCACGGAGGUCUUCAUCAACAUCGGUAUCCUCCUCGGCUACGUCUCUAACUACGCCUUCGCUGGCCUGCCGCUCCACCUCGGCUGGCGCUUCAUGCUCGGCAUCGGCGCGGUACCGUCCGUCGUGCUCGCCCUCUUGGUGUCCGGCAUGCCGGAGUCUCCCCGGUGGCUCGUCAUGAAAGGCCGCCUCGCGGACGCGAGGGUCGUGCUGGAGAAGAUCACCGACACUUCGGAGGAGGCCGAGGAGCGCCUCGCUGACAUCAAGACCGCCGCCGGCAUCCCGGACGACCUCGACGGCGACGUGGUCGUCGUGCCCAGGAAGAGAGGCGGCGAGGAGAAGCAGGUGUGGAGAGAGCUCAUCCUGUCGCCGACUCCUUCCAUGCGGCGAAUACUGGUCGCGGCGCUCGGCGUCUUCUUGUUCCAGCAGUUGACGGGCUCCGACUCCGUCGUGCUCUACAGCCCGCGCGUGUUCGAGAGCGCCGGUCUCACCGGCGACCACCAACUCCUGGCCGCCACCUGCGCCAUGGGCGUCGUCAAGACGCUCGUCAUCUUGGUCGCCAUGUUCCUCCUAGACCGCGUCGGCCGGAGGCCUCUGCUGCUAUGCAGCACUGGCGGCAUGAUCGUCUCGCUCGUCGGCCUCGCGACGGGCCUCACCGUGGUGGACCAGAACCCGGACGCGAGGAUCCCGUGGGCAGUCGGCCUGUGCGUGGCGUCCGUCCUGGCCUACGUGUCAUUCUUCUCCAUCGGCCUCGGGCCCGUGCUGGGCGUGUACACCACGGAGAUCUUCCCGCUCCGGGUGCGCGCACUGGGCUUCGCGGUCGGGGAGGCCGGCAACCGCUUGGUCAGCGGCGCCAUGUCCAUGACCUUCCUCUCGCUGUCCAGCGCCAUCACGCUGGGCGGCACCUUCUUCCUCUACGCCGGCAUCGCCGUGCUCGCGUGGGUGUUUUUCUUCACCUACCUCCCGGAGACGCGCGGCCGGACGCUGGAGGAGAUGGGCAGUCUGUUCGGCAUGACCAACACGGGCGCGGAGGCAGAAGAUGCUGCCCCCGCGACACAGGACGCGAGCUGCACGGCGAGACUCUUGGGCGCCUCGCCUUGA